ACACGAAACCACUAAUCUCAUUUCUUCUUCUCAUUUUCGUAUAACUCUAAAAAUUCUUAUUUAUUGCCGAUAAAUCUAAUUGAUUAAAGCACGCUUUUCAUUUCUAAUUAUAAACGAUUCUUCAGUUUCGAUUCUGAAUACAUUCGAUUAUAAUAUUGUUCCAUUAUUAGGCGAAUUCGGCAUCUAUCAAAACUACCUUAUCAUCAUGCUAAUGUCCUCCUGCUUUUUUAUCGCGUUCAUCUAUCUCGCGCAAACGUUUCUCGUCGUGGUACCAGCAGAAUAUUGGUGCAAACUUCCGCAAGUGAAAGACCUUACUGCCGAACAAUUAAGAGAUUUCAUGAUACCUAGCGCGAAAAUGGUACCUUACGAAGGCCAUCAUUUAGCGUAUUCCCGAUGCUGGGUAUACGAUAUAGCAGUGGAAAAAGCGAUCGCUGCACCUCAGCCGGAUGCAAAUUGGCCGGUGAAGAAAUGUAACGAAUGGGAAUUUAAAUUAUCCGCUUCUGACGUGCCUUACAUAUCCGUAGCCGCAGAACAGAAAUGGGUAUGCGACGAAAGCUACAAAGCAACACUAGCACAGAGUAUCUUUUUUAUGGGUUCGAUUGUUGGAGGCAUAAUAUUUGGUUGGCUAGCUGACAAAUACGGAAGAGUUCCGGUCUUAAUUGCAACCAAUGUUUUUGCGUUUCUCGGUGGCAUUUGUACCAUAUACAUAACCAAAUUCUGGGAAUUCUGCGUCUGUAGAUUCAUCGUUGGUGUGGCCUAUGACAACAGUUUCGUGAUGGCUUAUAUACUAGUUUUGGAGUACGUGGGCCCCAGAUGGAGAACUUUUAUCGGUCACAUGUCCUAUGGAAUAUUCUAUACUAUUGGCAUGAUGAUUAUACCAUGGAUAGCUUAUGUGGUCGCCGAUUGGCAAACUUUUUCUCUGAUCACGACCGUUCCAAUAUGUGCUGUUAUAGUCGCGCCUUUCGUUGUUCCUGAGAGCGUCAGGUGGUUAAUUGGAAAGGGACAUAUCGAGGAAGCUAUGAAGAUCAUCUCGAAGAUCGAGAAAAUAAAUAAGCGCACGAUACCAGACGAUGUAUAUAACGAAUUUUUGGAAGAUUGCGGGAGAACUGCAGAAACUUUGGCUGAGGAGGAACACACUAUUUUCGAUUUAUUUAAAACAAAACGUUUAAGAAGGAUCACGCUGCUAUUAACGGUGGUAUGGGGCGUCAUUCAAAUGGCCUACGACGGUCACAUAAGAUGCUUGGACCGCCUCGGCAUGGAUGUAUUCACUACAUUUACCAUAGCAUCCGCGACCGAGUUCCCAGCCGAGAUGGUAAUCGUCUACACUCUCGACGUGUUUGGUCGAAGAUGGACGUUGUUCGUCGCGGUGAUACUCUCCGGAUUGUUCAGCCUACUCGCAUCCAGCGUCUCGAUAGGGAUCGUCUUCGUCUCUUUCGCGAUUUGUGGCAGACUCUUUAUCAAUAUCGCCUCGAACAUCGCGAUGCAAUACGCGGCUGAAUUACUACCGACGGUGAUACGAGGCGAGGGCGUGGCGUUCAUACACGUGACAGGGUACGUUACUUCCAUCUGCAGCCCCUUCAUCGCCUUCUCCAGCACACUGAUGUACAAUCUGCCGAUGAUCAUCCUUGGCACGUGCUGUAUAUUUGCUGGAUCUCUCAGUCUCUUCCUUCCUGAAACACUGAUGGAACAACUACCCCAAACGAUGAUGGACGGAGAGUUAUUCGGAAUCGAUCAGGCUUUCUGGGAAACGCCAUGGACGAAGAAGAAACCACCGGAACCAAUGGUACAUCACCUGCACGCCAAACGUCCUGUAAAACGACCGGCCAUACUGCGCAGCAGUAUGAUUUCCGGUUACAUUGGCAAUGCGAGACGACACACUCUAAUGCAACGAAGAGUCCGAGCACUCCAGAGACACUAAACACCCUACAUUUUCGACGAAAACAGAUACAUUAUUACUGUUAUUAUCUUAAACCUUUUGUUCUUGUGGACGCGGUCAAAGUGGAACUACGAAAUAGAUAGUAUAAUAAUAGAAAAAAAAGUA